CCUCCUCCAUCUCGUCGUGCUCGUCGGCUGAUCAUAGUCGGGCAAGACCAGUGUCACCCAACACUUUAUUCUCUGUCUCGUUUUCCAGAUCCAUUUGUCAGAUGUCAACUUCUGCACCGACGUCCAGCUCUCAACCCGCUCGCUCGCUGAAUCGCCAGAUUGUGCUCGAAGAAGAUGAAUACACCGAGGCGCUCUCCCACAUCAUUGCUCGCGACUUCUUCCCGUCACUCGUCCACUUGGAUGCGGCGAACGAUUAUCUCAAUGCCUUGCGUUCAAAGGAUCCGGAAGUUAUCCAAGCCACAGUGCGCCGCAUGGAGGAGCUGGCGACGCCUAUAACCGACCGCAAUCGGUCAUGGGAGACUCCUUCGCGGACACCUUAUGCUGCUGGACCGUCAGAGACGCCUCUGCGCACGCCGCGUGCAGAACCUCCGCUGAAGAAAGCGCGAUAUGAUACCAACAUGAGCCUGGACAACUUCCAGGCGAGAUAUACCUCUGAAGACAAUUCAAGCUUCACGCAGAUCCUCGAGGACGAGAAUGGGAAGCGGAAAGAGAUGUGGUCGUGGGCGUGGGAAGCGCAGAAGAGGGUAGAGGAGCAGCAAGGGAAGAUGCUGGAGUUAAGAGAGAGGCUGCUCAUUGAGGCGCCAUCCGGAGCCGGUGUGAGGGAGAAGUUCAGGAUUGAGGCACCUACUCCGGCGGGAUUGAUCACGGACAGCUCCGCUUCGCAAGGGCAACCAGGACCUAGAGAAGAGGAUACAGGUACGGAACAUGGUGACAAGGGCAAGGAAGUGGCUGUCAAGAACGAGACGGCCGACGACAUAAUAGAAGAUGUAGAUGUGAUGGCACCCUUGAAGGAUACUCGGGCAGCAGGCGUAGAUGGGUGGAAGUUCAAGGCGCGAAAUGCUUUAAUGUUCCCUCCCGACGCAGAUCAAUCACCGUACCACCCUACCGCGGUGGAGACGAAAGGUGAACCACAGACAAUCAAGCAUGGCAACACACGACUGCUUGAACAAGAUGAAACCACGUCUGGGUCAUUGUCUGAACCGCCUAGUCCAACACGAAGUCGCAUCGAUGCAGCCAUUGCUGGGACACCAUAUCGUCCAAGGUCACCGACUAUCAACAGUUUCUCUCUUGUCCCGUCAAUACCUUCGCCUACCCCUUCCGAGCUAGGACCCGAGGCAAUGAAGCAGCUCAUGACGUGGGGAACAAUUACCGGGACGCCUCGUAUUCUCUCACAAUCUGACGACCUUGCUGAGGCAUCGUCUUCCGAUAUGCCACCCCCGAGCACACCUUUUCACAUUGUACCGCCCUCCGCCCGCGAACGAAUAUCGCACAAGCUAUCCACGAAUGCCGCGAAGAGUCUGCGAGCAAAAGCGGAGCUGUUGAGAGUUCCAGGAGUCUCAAGGACACCAAGCAGUUCCAGGAAACCAAGCAGUUCCAGGAAGACUUCAAUGCCUCCGCCGUCGUGGACGCCUCGGAGAGCAGAAGCAGCCGGUGGGCUGACACCUGCUGCGAAGAGGUUACUCGACAGGACUACAAUGAGUACGGCCGCUGCGAGAAGAGCAGAGGCUAUGGGACGGGUAGCUGGAUGGGAGGGCAGCGGCUCAACCAAGUCGAGAGGACAGGACCUCAACAGAAUACGAUGGACUCCGACUCCUAGUCCAGUGGCAAGGAGGGGCUAGCUCGUCUUGUUGACCUUGUCAUGUUUGUACUAUAGUGCGGAAAAGCCUAAAUUCAAAUAAGAAAAGUUGCAAUCCAAUGGU